UAUCCUGAUAACUGCUGGCUAAAGUUGCUCUCAUUGUAUUGUUCAGUAAUACAACUCGUCGUUUGCUUAGAAAUGGCUUCCAAGGACGGUCAGUCUAUUGAUGACUGUGCAUGUGUUGAAGACUGCGCAUGUGUUCAAGAGCACACAUCUCCCGUGACCUGUCCAGACUCCAAGAUAAUUGCCAUGCCUCAGCCAAAGAUUGUCGACAUGGGCUCUGCCUUCAUCCAGACGCAGCAGCUCAACGCCGCCAUGGCCGACACCUUCCUGGAACACAUGUGUCUGCUGGACAUCGACUCGAAGCCCACCACAGCUCGCAACACUGGCAUCAUCUGCACUAUCGGGCCAGCCUCUCGUUCUGUGGACAUGCUCAAGGAGAUGAUUAAGUCCGGAAUGAACAUCGCACGCUUGAACUUCUCACACGGCACACAUGAGUACCAUGCUGAGACCAUCAAGAAUGUGCGUGAGGCAUGUGAGAGCUUUGAGCCAGGUAGCAUCCAAUACCGGCCAAUCGGAAUCGCCCUGGACACCAAAGGGCCAGAGAUCAGAACUGGCCUCAUCCAGGGAAGCGGCACGGCUGAGGUAGAGCUGAAGAAGGGCAAAACGAUCAAGAUCACCUUGGAUGACAGCUACCAGGAGAAAUGCAGCGAAGAGAUCCUGUGGCUCGACUACAAGAACAUCACCAAAGUAGUAGAACCCGGCAGCAAUAUCUACAUUGACGAUGGGCUCAUAUCUCUGCAGGUCAAGGAGAUUGGCCCUGAUUUCCUCAUGUGUGAGAUUGAGAACGGUGGCACCCUGGGCAGCAAGAAAGGCGUCAACCUGCCUGGCGCCGCCGUGGAUCUGCCCGCCGUCUCUGACAAGGACGUCCAGGACUUGACGUUUGGCGUGGAGCAGGGCGUGGACAUGGUGUUCGCCUCCUUCAUCCGCAAGGCCGCCGACGUCCACGCAGUCAGAGCUGUGCUGGGCGAGAAAGGCAAGAACAUCAAGAUCAUCAGCAAGCUGGAGAACCACGAGGGCGUGCGCAGGUUCGAUGAGAUCAUGGAGGCCAGUGAUGGCAUCAUGGUUGCCCGUGGUGACCUUGGUAUUGAGAUCCCCACCGAAAAAGUCUUCCUAGCCCAAAAGAUGAUGAUUGGCCGAUGCAACAGAGCCGGCAAGCCAAUCACCUGUGCCACUCAGAUGCUGGAGAGCAUGAUCAAGAAGCCGCGACCCACGCGCGCCGAGGGCAGCGACGUCGCCAACGCUGUGCUGGACGGGGCCGACUGCAUCAUGCUGAGCGGCGAGACUGCCAAGGGAGACUACCCUCUGGAGGCUGUGCGCACGCAACACAUGAUCGCCCGCGAGGCAGAAGCAGCCACUUUCCACAGGAAGCUGUUUGAGGAGCUGAGGCGACACUCCCACCUGACAAGAGAUCCGUCCGAGGUGGCGGCUGUCGGAGCCGUGGAGUCGUCUUUCAAGUGCUGCGCUAGUGCAAUUAUUGUUCUCACCAAGACUGGGAGGUCUGCCCACCUUAUCUCCAGGUACAGGCCUCGCGCCCCCAUCCUGGCCGUAACCCGUAACGCCCAGACUGCUCGCCAAGCUCACCUGUACCGUGGCAUCUUUCCGGUCCUCUACACCACUCCCGCCCAUGAUGUCUGGGCCGAGGAUGUCGACAUGCGUGUCAACUUUGCCAUGGAUAUGGGCAAGGUGAGAGGCUUCUUCAAGGAGGGUGAUGUCGUCAUCGUCCUGACCGGCUGGCGUCCAGGCUCUGGUUUCACCAACACCAUGCGUGUCGUUCUGGUUGCCUGAACAAGGGUCCAUUCACUCCAUCUCUGCCUGUUCUGUUGUUAACACUCCACCAUUCUUUCCAACAGCUGCUGCGUGAACUACGAAACAUUAUAGGCAAUCAAACAACAGUAAUCGGAGACCAAAACCUCACGACAACCAUUCCGUGUGGGCGUCAGUGGUAGUUUUGCAAUUUUCACUUCCUGUGUCCAUUCCUUUCAUGAGAUAUUUCCCUCCAAGAAACCAGUCUUCAGAGAGCCAAUCAGAUAGACACGCCUCAAACAGAAGCUGCUGUAUUUAUUCACUCGAGAUGCUUGUAUUAAACGAUAUCCUCCCAACCUAUUGGCAGAUCCUCAUGCUUGCGCGUCGCCACACUUGUUUGGGUGGCGCCGCAUGAACAUGAGCACCCUCUUCUUAAAGAAACGUUUCUGGCCGAAUAAGCGAACAAAAUGGCGUCCUGCCACGCCACCCAAUACAGAUCAUCGUGUCAGUGUGUGGAAGAAGCGUCUUUUAUGCUUUCACUGUGUGUAGCACGCCUAAGCUUACUCUUCAAUGUGUUACAGUCUAUUGUACUUGACUAUUAUGGUGUUUGGGUUUGGGAAUUUCAGUUGUAUUUUAUCUAACUCUUGAGAGUAUGGAUGUCUGCUGUCGGAACUGGUUACUGUAUUUAAGUUAGAUGUGUCAUGGAGUCUCUCGCAUCUAGUUGAUCAUAUGUCUAAAUUGGCACUUAAAGUCUCACUUAAAAAAAGAAUUAAAAUGGCACUUUGAAGCGGGUUGCGAUGUUGGCCUCAGUGGAUGAUGGGUAACAAAAGUGAGGAACUUUUGUUUGUUUGGUUUUUUUUUGCUCCAAGUUGUCGUUGCCUGGCAAGCUUUUCAUUGUUACACUGAGCGAUGUGAGUGUGAAGAGGUCAUAUGUUGCUGGUUGUUGUCACCAGACAGGAUUUCAUCAAUAAAAAGGCAAGUACCAAAAC